AUGGCACCCGCAGCUGGAGCGAAGAAGCAGAAGAAGAAGUGGUCCAAGGGCAAGGUCAAGGACAAGGCCCAGCACGCUGUCAUCCUGGACAAGCCGACCUCGGAGAAGCUCUACAAGGAUGUCCAGUCCUACCGCCUCGUGACGGUCGCCGUCCUGGUCGACAGACUCAAGAUCAACGGCUCCCUGGCACGGAAGUGCCUCGCUGAUCUGGAGGAGAAGGGCCAGAUCAAGCAGGUUGUUGGCCACAGCAAGAUGAAGAUCUUCACCCGCGCCGUCGGCGGCACCGAUUAA